GAGCAUUUCUGGAGCUUGGACAAGACAGAAAACAAGAUCCCUCCUCAGCUGAUCCUCCAGAUCUGGGACAACGACAAGUUCUCCUUCGAUGACUAUUUGGGCUCCAUCCAGAUGGAUCUCAACAGGAUGCCCAAACCCGCCAAGACGGCCGAGAAGUGCUCCCUGGAGCUGGUGGACGACGCCCUGUCCUCCAACCACUUCGUGUCCCUCUUCGAGCAGAAAACUGUCAAGGGCUGGUGGCCCUGUGGGGCUGAGCAGGACCACAAGAGGAUCCUGGCGGGCAAACUGGAGAUGACCCUGGAGAUCGUGGCUGAGCAGGAGCACGAGGAGCGCCCGGCUGGGAUGGGGAGGGAUGAGCCCAACAUGAAUCCCAGGCUGGAGGAGCCCAA